ACGAAUUUGUCGGCCAUGUUAUUAUUUUAAAUUCGCCGAGUUUUGCGUAUCAGCCGACGUGAUUCAGCAGUUUGAUUAUUUAAUUCUCGUGUAAAUCGUGAGUUAUUGUGCAGUUCAUCGUCAACGUUGGUCGACGUUGUCAAUAAUUCAUUCGGGCAAGCUUAAAUAGAUUGGAAUACAUUCGUGACAUAAUGUCGAUUAAGUUUAUUAGGGCAGUCUGUGUCCUUCAGGGAGAGCAGCCCAUUAAAGGGACCAUACAUUUUGAACAAAAGGAAAAUUCAAAUACGGUCAGGGUGUGUGGACAGAUUACUGGUUUGCAGCCAGGGCAACAUGGUUUUCAUGUUCAUGAAUUUGGCGAUAACACCAAUGGUUGCACAAGUGCGGGCGCUCAUUUCAAUCCACUAAAAAAAGAACAUGGUGGUCCAAACGACAGUAUGCGCCAUGUUGGAGAUUUAGGAAAUGUGGAAGCUGAUACUGAUGGUGUAGCAAAAGUUAAUAUCACCGACUCUAUGAUUCAGCUUAGUGGAGCACACAGUGUUAUUGGACGAACUCUUGUGAUUCAUGCUGAUCCAGACGAUUUGGGCAAAGGUGGUCAUGAGUUGUCAAAAACAACUGGCAAUGCUGGUGCUCGUCUUGCUUGCGGUGUUAUUGGUAUCGUAAAUUAAACACAUACACAUGAUGAGUGCGAGAGCUUCAAAGAUAAAGUAUAUAUUAUCAGAUAUAUAUUAAAAAUUAGAGAUAUAUACUAUUUUCUUACUACUUGGU